UCGUACCGUUGAGGCUGUGCGCAAACUUUGGUACACGAUUCACUCAUGCGAUCGGUUCACCCUAAAGUGAGAGCAUUAACUUCACUUUAGAUUACACCGAUGUCGAAUCCUACAGCCACACUUACAAGCUUGUGGAUCGAAGGUUGGUAUCAUGCGUUUUCCCUUUUGUACACACGUGUUAGGUCGCUUUUAGGCAAGUUGGUGUGUUAAUAUGUGAACUCUAGUACCUCGCCUUCCUUCUUUAUUUCAAGAGGUAUACAUUUUUUUUGUAGCGCACGAGACAAUUUUGCGGCACGGGUUUGUUUACUACCAGCCGGUCUGCGGAUAAAGGAAAAGAAGAAUCUGUUUUGCUUUCAUGCGUAUGGACAUCACACGCUUGCUUUUAUCACAAUUCAAUUUACAAAUGAAAGCUGCUGAUUAUUCAAAUUUCUCUUGUAGGUCAACCAAGCCCUGUUAAGAGUAACCCGUCUACUCCGGUAAAAGGGGCUUUGAAUCGGGACGCGUCUAUGGUUCAGGAAGACUUUAUAAAGUUUUACAAAGAUACUGGGCUAGAACCCCUGGCUCGAGAGGUACGUAAGCUUGAAUCUCCUCGUGCUUCCCCCGCGACGAAUCAUCUCUUUCUUCAUCCGAUGCGUGAGCAGUAUAAAGUAUACUUUGAAUUUACCCUCAUUGGCUUCUAGCAUCACGAUUCAUAAUUCAUGAUAACACUUCUCAGAGCUCAUCGAAGCUUCAGAUGCGACUUAUUGUGAUUAUCAUUUCGUUUUGGCCGUCUGUGUCCCCGAUUGCAUCUGAGCUCAUUCAGGCUUAUUCAAUAUGACUUCGAUUGAAUUCAACUACCUGCAUGGAACGGCCCCCUUAAUCUCCACAGAGAAUGAACUAUGUCCUUAACUGCUGAACUAAAGCUUUUCUCGUCCUCUUUCUAUAUUUUGACCAACAGGUCGGCGUCAUAGACAACAAUGGGACUAUAGAUGGACUAAAAGACACAUCUCUUCCUACUAAAGUCAAUAGUAAGAAUUGCUUUCACUUUUGUUUACUUGGAUUAGAUUUAGCUUAGUUAAAUCUAUCUUCUUUGACGUGUGUGUAGUGUAGCGUCAACUUGCCUUUGCUGUGUACAGUUUCCUGAGAUCGAAACGAUAAUUCUGCAAUCUUGUUGAUGUUUAUAUCGUGCAUUUUCAAUGAUUUUUCCUUGCAUCAUUUUUAUUGAUUAUGUAUUAAGAUGUUAAUUUUCGAGCUAUUAAUUUCUUUAACUCGGUUGUGCAUAUUAAUUGGCUUAUAGUUCUUAAGACUUUGAUUUUCAACCUUGUUUUUCUCUCUUGGGAAAUAGACAUACAGUACAUAGAAGGUAAACAAAGUGUUAUAUGAGAAUGAAUAAUAUUAAGAGUUAAAUUUGUACUAAUUAUUUUAUUUGCAAGAAGUGAUUGAUUGGUUGAUGCUUCAAUGCUCUUUUUCAGUGCUCAGGCAUCAUGACUAAAAUUUUAUGAGAAAAGUUAAAUAACUGGUUUUUAUGAUAUUGAAGUGACAUCAGUGCUCACCUUCAUCUAACAAGUGAAAUUUGAUUUGCCGGCCUUGAGUUUGCAUUAAAGUUGCAUUAAGACAAAUAAAGGGUGUGAGAUUUCAGUGUUUGUUUUAAGAGCUGAUUGUAAAAGACUAUUGCACUUAGCCAUUCAGUAGCCUGAGAAAACAGCCAACAUUUGGCAACCCUACCACUGGUUUCCCUGCCAAAUGAUAUCUGAGAAAUCAAAAACAAAGGCAGAAAUUCCAUACUGAUGACGCAUCACUACCCAGAUCUUGGUAGUGCUUCUGGUUGGUUGAAUCAAAUUUCCCACACGGCAUGUCCAAUCAGAAGUACUACCCAGAUCUGGGUAGUGAUGCAACAUCAGUAUGGAAUUUCUGCGCUUGUUUCUCUGGCGUCAUUUGGCAGGUAAACCAGUGAUAGUGUUGUCAAAUGUCAGCUGUUUUCUCAGGCUAGCCAUUUAGACUCUAUUUUACUUAUUAUUUUUGAGGGACUAUGCCAUAGUACUUGUAUAUGAGGUGAUCUUGCAACUUUUCAUAAGCUACUAUCUCCAUUCUUGAGCUUUUGGCAAAACAAGUCAUGACAAAGUCUUUUGGGGUUCAGAUUCUAAAGACUUGAAUCGUAUUUUUGGAUGUUCAGUUAAGAAAUACAAAAUCUGUGUUCAGGUUAAAGAAUCUGGUGUAUAGUUUUUCAUAAGAAGUUCAUCCUUAAUCGCAGCUCUCCUAGUUUUAUCGUCUUUAGCAGUUACAGGAUAAGGUUGAGUAUGAUCUGGAGAAUUAUGCAAUUUGAGGAGGGUGUAUUGUUGGCCUUGGCAGGUGACACCCUCCAAGAACUGCAUAAUUUUCAGAUCAUACAGAAACCCCAUCGACUUUCUGUACAGUUGACAUCAUUGGUGCAAAUAUUACAAGCAUGAAGUCCAAAUGUGAUCAACGUGUUUAUUGCAUGAGGUUUUUGUGAUAUCCAUAAUAAUCAAGAUCUCCAUAGACUGAUCAAACUUGCUGAGACCUUUAUUAGACCAGAUAUCACAAAAACCGAAUCUUAUCAUAAUUAGUGUUUUAUUAUACAUUCUUUUGAAGAACAUAACAACAAAAACACCCGUCGCUUUUGGAAAUCAUGCAUUGCAGUCACAACCUACAGCUUAGUCUGUUCUCUGCUAGCAGAUAACUAACUAAUCUCUAAGUUGUGCUGUUUUUCAAAAGUAACUGUUGGCUCUCAAUCAAUGAGAAGAUGGGUAAAUAAUUUAUAAUAAUAUUUUGUUAGUUAAGGCUAUGAGAUCAUUAACUUGCAUAUCUGUAUGUGUGUGUGUUUUUUUAACAGCUGAUCAGCCAAAAAUAGUGAGCAGUUCCACUGUUUUGCCUGUUACAACUGCCAAAAUGUCACCUGUUAUUUUACCCAAAACUGUGAAUUCUGCAGCAUCACCCAUGGUAAGGCUAGAGAUGAUUUGACAAAGGAUAUCACAUCAAGAAUCAUAAUGUUUUGUUAUUCAACUUUCACUGAGAUCAGCUAAAAUAGGCAGUUUUAGUAAUAAAGGCAUUGAAAUUCCUCAAAUCUCUAUAAACCUUUAAAAGAACUUAAAUUCUUUCAUUGCUCUUGAAAAGUACUUGAAGUUAGUACUUUCAACGCAGUGAAUCUUAAUUAACUGUUCAUCAUGCAUUGUAGGGGAUUUCUGCAGCUCAGUUAAUUAUUACCUUGUCAGACUUUUUUUUCUUUCCUGACUUUUUUCUGAUAGAAAAAAAUACUUCUUAUUUACAUAGUCCAAGAAAAAGGGCAUGCAAAAUUGAUUUCUUGAAAAGUGAUAGUAGAGUUAUUUCAACUGCUUAUGAUGUUGUCUGUGGUACCAGUAAGAGAUGUAAAAAAUCCCUGAAAUUCCUUUCUGCCUAUCUUUUGAUGUCUGGGUUUCAACAGUAACACAACACAAGUGGGAGUGUGUUAGCUAUGAGUUCUCAUCUCACUUUUCAAGCACCGUAGAUGCUUGCAAAAAUGGAAGAAGUAAAAUGAUGUUGGCCUUCCUAAAGUUCCUUGUUCUAUUAUAUUGCUUUUGUACUUGGCCUUGUAUUUGCAUUGGUGUUUGUUUUUACUUAAUUCAAAACUUCUUGGUAGUGCUUGUGCAAUGCUUACAUCACUUAAGGAAGCUGGGCCUAAAAAUAACCCUUAAUGAGUAAUUAUUGACUUUGUUGUUUGUUUGGUAGGUCAUUGGUUCACCUAACACACACCAGGUAAUUGCUGUUGGUGGAAGCCCAAGAACUCCAACAAUGAUUGCAGCUCCAAUUGUUCCAGCUAACACAAGCUCUUGGCCAAGGUAAAUGUGGGAGAAUUAUGUCUGCAAAUACAUAUUGCUAUGUUAAAAAUUUUAACCAUUCCAAAAUUUUUCUUGACAAUAACUCUCAAACUGCUCUCCUUCAUUUUCAUAAUUAUAUGUCUCUUAUAGAAAGAAAAAUUGAGAACUAAAGUACAUAUCAUCUUGUCUGAUCUUGACCUCUCUUUAUAUACAUUAGGCACUGAAUUGCAAUGAAAACAUUAAAUAACUGUGAAGAUUUAAGGUUGCUGUUGAAUUACAAAUCUAAAAAGGGUUUUUCCAAUAAAAUAUAAGAAAACCAAGAAAGCUACAAAUAUUUCCAGAAUUGUGUUGCAAGGAAAAAGUUGAUCAAGUAUUAGAUAACUAAACUACAAGCAAAUAUGACAAACAAUGAGAUCUUUAACCUGCGAGCAAGCUCUGCGGGUUGCUUUGGCGCAGGCUAUAGCUACGAGAUCUUCAAGUGGAACUGGCUGUCAUACAGUCUCAAAAUAUUCCAAUGCUUUUUUUAGAGUUUGACAGUUACAAAACAAGGCUGUGCUCUAACGGCGCCCGGUCGCCUGAGGCGACUAACAUUUAGCUUCGGGCGACUGAAAAAAAGUUCCCGGUCGCCCGGCCGGGCACUCUUGCUUCUGAUGCAGUGUUCAGUUAAGCAGGAAGAAAAAUUUAACAUACUGGUGUUGGCUUGUUGAGUCAGAGUUUAGCUAAACCCUACAGAAAAUGUUUUUACGAAUGUUGUACGAGAGAAACGGGCGCACGUUGAUGUCUUUCUGCAUGAUUUCACACGUAACAUAAUCCAUCACUUUAAACGUGACAAGCGGCGAGGAUUUCGAUUUGUACCGCUGCUUAAAAUAGUUUUAAAAUUUUUUCUUUCAGAGAGAAUGGCUCAUUAGGUACAGUUUUUAGGAGAAACUGUCAAUACUUUUCUGACAGACGUAAAGCGCGGCAGGCGACACGGAGUAAUUUAUUUUUGUAGAAAACGGAAGUUGCUGUAUUGACCAGUUAAUGCAAGUAUAAUGUUUUUACGGUUUUUGGCUGCUCUCAGUCUGCUUGGCUAAGACAUAACUUAUGAUUGUUUUCUUCCCUUUACAUAAGAUAACGAAAUAGAAAAAGAAAAGAUAUGAUCGUUCUGAUCGUUUUUAUUGCUGUUUUAGAAACAGGGUAGUUCCACGUUGUCUUAGCAUUUUACGUAUCGAAGACUAAAUUCUCAUGCAGGAUAAAGUUUAGCGGCCAAAAAAAUAAAAUAAAAACACAGAAAGAAGAGCUGGUUUACGCUUCGACCGUAUCCACGAAAAGCUCAAUUAUCCUAAAAGAUUCAGUGAUAAUAUAGAAAAGAAAAUUAAAUAUGACUUAUUUUUUAUUAAAACAAUAGGUUUGGGGCCGCGGCGGUUUCACUGUUUCACGGAAUUUUUCACGGGAACUUGAGUUCGAUCUGCCGCGUAUAAAACUCUGUCACAUUAUAUUUCAUGCCGCAUUGAUUCACCUUUUGAAAAUUUAUUUUCAAGUUUACUAUUACUGGUAAAAAGCACAGUUUUUCUAUGUUUGACCCAAAGAUCUUAAUGAAGUUUACGUAAACCUGCUGAAAUUUUUUACUUUUCCUAAACAAUUCGGUGGCAUUGCUCACGUUUCUGGUUUUAAAUCUGAAUGGCACGAAAACUUUGAUGGGUUUCAUAAGACAACAAGCGGGUUUUUGUCGAACCCAAAAGCUAAAAUUACCGAGUUUGGUGAUCAGCAGACGAGUAAGAUUCGCGUUUGUUCAAAACACUUCCUCAUCAGAUGUACUCGGGCGACCACCUUGAGAGGCCUGGGCACCCCAGCUGGAAUGCUUAGGAGCCCGAAGGGCUCCCCGAAAUUUUUAUUCGGGCGACCAACUUUGAGGUCUGGGCGACUUAAAUAAAAUGCUUGGAAGCCCGAAGGGCUCCCUGAAAUUUUCCUUAGAACACAGCCUUGCAAAAUGUGACAUGUCAAGUUUUAAAGUCAACUGUGUGCCCAGCUCAUGGCAAUCUCGCUUUUUACAUCUUAGAGUAACACCUAGCAGUGGAAAGAAAAGAAGGCUUGAUUUGAUGGAAAGUGACAACAUUCUAGAUAGCGGAGACAGGUAAAAUACCCUAUCAUGAACUUCAUUUAAACACAGAUUUGCUGAUGUCAUGGAAGUAACUGUAGGUGAAAAUGUAGGUGAGAUAUACAUGAACUCCACCUGGUUAGCUCAGUUGUCAGAGUACUGGUCUGCCAAGCAGGAAGUCGUGGGUUCAAACCCAAGCCAGACCAACAACCAGGGUCUUUAAAAAACUGGUGAGAUCGUGCUGUCUGAGAUUUGAGAUUUCUCAAUUCAUAUGAUCGCAUCAUAGGGCUGUGACGUCAAGCCAUUGGCCUUGUCUCCUUCGUCCUUCUCUUAUUGGUGAAAUCAAAUGGGGCAUAAAAGGACCUACACUAUUGUUUGAAAAGAGUACGGCAAGUUUCCCCGGGGAUGUGGUCUACCUUUCACAUGUCAUUCAUAUCAUGGGCUAUCAGUGGGUUGCUGUGAGCUUAUAAAUGAACUGUUAGCGGCUGCCAGUGACUCCCUUGUAUGCUGACGUCUGAGCAUACUGUUAAUAUCUACUGUAAAGAGGGUGCGUCUUGUCCUCUAAUCCUCAACAUUCCGUCCCAUUCGACAUUCCAUUCCGUUCCAUUCCGUAUUGUUUGUUUAGAAGAUGUUGUAUGUCCAUCUUGUUUGUUUAGUUUUUCUUUGUACCUCAUGAAGGAUUGCUCCAGCAAAAUUGAUUUGUCUGUUUUCUGCAGGAAAAAGGGCAAACGUCUACCCAACGCUGGCCGCGCAGUUGGGCCAGGUGACAAAGAUAAAAGUGAAAAAGGACUGAGACACUUCUCAAUGAAAGUUUGUGAGAAAGUUCAGCAGAAGAGAACAACAUCAUACAAUGAGGUACAAGCAAAAAACAUCUUAAGUCCAUACAUUUUCACUAAUGUUCCCUUGAGCGAGGGCUCCCCUGUAUAAUCUUUGUAUUAGGUAUUAACUCUGUUGCAGUGUUCUCACCAGGCCGCAGCCUUGCGGGAUUCCCGCAAGAAAAACUGAAAUGGCGCAUUAAAACCAAGAAGAUGCGCCCGUUAGGGCACAGGGGCAAGCUACGAGUCAAACGGACUUAAGUAGUAUAAAUGGUCAACCUAACACUAAAACAUUCUGUUUGUUUGAAUAAAUAAAAAACAUGAUUUCAAAUGAGUCAAAGUCUUUAAUUUUGUUGCCUUUACUUUCAUUGGUCCCACGCAAGCCCCACUACAUCGUAAACUCCUCCUCCGAAUCGUAAACACCUCUUCCGCCAUAUUGGAUCAGGUAGGUACUUCAUGUAACAGACAAUUUGGAGUGCGGGCUCAGGUUCUUCGUACCGCGUGUUUUUUGUAACUUUGUCCCCCUAAUGUUCUUACAGGGCCCCUAUUUCUCAGAAGAGGGGGCCCUGGGACUCCCCAUGGCAAAAUCCUGGUGAGAACACUGCUGUUGAAGGGACCUUCUAUUAAGGGGCUACUUGUCUUCACCCAGAGGAUGUCUCAGGAGAGGCCUUCCAUGGGGUGGAAGCAACAAGCAACGUAGCCUCAAAAACUGGAGACAGUCUUUUGAGAAAGCACCAGCAAUCGACAGAAAAAGAAGAUUGAAUUCUGACAGCAACAAUUAAUUUUUUAAAUAGUGAAAGUGGCAUCUUACAUCUUUUAUAUUUUGGCUCUGUUGGCAGUUAUUUUCUUUGAAUCAUUUUCUAAUGUUGGUAUUAUUGAAGAUCUGUCCAACUCAGGAGAAAUACUUAAUAAUUCUUUUCAGGUGCUGUAUCUGCUGUAAUUUCCAAAAUUGGUAUCACAGAAAUUUAUGCUGAACCAACAGAGACAUUUUCUUUGCUAGCUACAAUGCAACAGUGACAUUUUUCGUAAUCUACAGGGCGGCAAGCAGUCUCAGAAAUGAGAGACAGCAUACCCCCCUCCCUCCCCCCCUCCACUUCCCUUGAGUGGUUGGGAUCUGCCACUGUACUUUUCCUAAAAUCUCUUAUUUUAGAAGGAAAAGCCCUGGAACUGGGACAUUCAGACCUCUUUGGAUGUCUUUGUACCUCUUUGUAUCUGAAAGUGUCCCUUUGAAAAAUCCUGGAUGCUCUCAGAAUAAAAAUCUCAGGUCUUUGACCCCAAAGAAGGUGACAGAUGUUUGUAUAACACAGGUUUAACUGUGUGAAGUCUGUCUGUCAAGCUCUCAGUCUCCUCAGCUGCUACAAAUAGUCAAUUCACGUAAUUGCCGCAAGUGCCCCUGAUUAGAUCCCACUUGUGAUAAGUUUGAUGGCCCAUGCUCCUUAUAUUUAUUAAUUUUUCUGUAAAUAAUGGGAAUAUAUAAUUAUAGCUUGUUCCUAAGUAAUUUUUUUCCGGUUAGGUUGCAGAUGAACUAGUACAAGAAUUUAGUGAUCCUGACAAGCACCUCUCGCCUACUGAUCAGGUACUUGUUCCUCCUCAUGUUGUUAUUAUAGUGUCUGUUUUAGUGUUUUAAUCAUAAUGCAGGGUGCAAAGAAAGUCAGUUUUACAGCUUGUCAUUUCGGGCAAGCUGUAGCUAGCAUGUACUAUCCCAAGAGUCAUUUUAACAAGCCAGGAAAAAUUGUUUGACAAGUAGUAUUGAUUACGGUUCUUCUGUAAUUUAAAUUCCCUAAAAACCGUCACCUGCUUGUCAGGCAAGUUAAGAACCAAAUUCACUUGUCUGAUAGCAAAAUCUACUAGCCCCAGGCUAUCAGAGACCCCUUUCUUUGCAAGCUGAUAAUGGUAAUUCAUUUUUGCUUUCUUUUUGUUUCAAUUUUUGUUUCUGUGUGGUCAGUUUGUAAAGAACUGAAUUAACAAAAUUGCAAAGUAGGCUAGUUUGGAAUCGCAGAAUACAUUCUACUGUAAAGCUACCAUAGUUUUUCAACAGUAAGCCAAGAAUUUUCUUCGGCGAAAAGCAGGUUCCAACUUAUAGUUGGGAGCUGUUCAAAAUCAAACAUAAACUCAUAAGUAAAGGACAUGACACAUGGCCAGGCAAGGCUUUUGGCAAAAUAUUCAAUUUUGAGAAGUGAUAUCAAACAAACCUGGCUGACGUUACAUUCUUUAAUUCACCGAUUGGGAUCUUCUAGGGUUACCUGUAUUUUAAAGAAUUUUUUCUGAACCAUCUUUUUCAUCAUAUAUGUAUUUCAUUUGUAUUUUUGCUAGGCUUAUGACCAGAAGAAUAUCAGAAGAAGAGUAUAUGAUGCUCUGAAUGUUCUAAUGGCAAUGAACAUCAUUUCAAAAGAAAAAAAAGAAAUCAAGUGGGUGGGACUACCUACAAACUCUGCACAGGAAUGUCAACAGUUAGAGGUGGGUAAAGUAGGUUGAUAAGUGGGGUCAAGCUUAAUUUAUUUAAAAGUUGCCUUUUAGUGACCCAAAAUUAUAAAAUGGUCACCAGACUUACAGUCAAACCCGGAAAACUGUGAACACCAGAAAUAGUUCUGGAAUGUUGUUGUGUUGCAAGAAAAAAUUAAAAGCCAAUCAUGCGUGAGAAAAAAUUAAACCGCAAGGAAGAACAUCAAUCACAGCAAAGAUCAGUACAAGCAAGCAAACCACGAAACCACAACUAAUUAUUAGUUGUGGGUUUGUGGUUUGCUUGCUUGUACUGAUCUUUGCUGUAAAUUGGUCUUAACACAAUAAACGUUCUUGAAAUAUUCCAAGUGUUCACAGUUUCCCAGUGGCACUGUAACAUAUUGAUGGCCAGAAAAAGGAGACACUCAGUAACAAAUUUCUUGAAAGGUUUGAAAUAUUAAAUUUGGCUACCCUACUUUUGCAAUGGUGGGUACCUGCAAGAUCUCAAGGUCUUAGAACUAGACAACAAGGAUAAGGGAUGAAUAUUUAUUAAAGUUAAAAGACUAUAACCUGAACUAACUAAAAAAACUUUGGCUUGACCAACUGAUAUUCGCAACUCUACAUCCACCUGAUUUUACUGUACACUGUACAUUUUAGUCCUUUAUAAUGCUGUGUUUUACCACUUUUAGGAGGAGAAAAAAGAAAGGGAAGAGAGAAUAAGACAAAAGACUGCUGAGUUGCAAGAACUGAUUCUUCAAGUAAGACAUCACGUUAUUAAUUUUUUUUCAAAAUAGGAACAUGAUAACUGGAUAGAUGGCAUUAUAUGCUGGGCUAACUUAAGUUCAAAUGUUCACACUUGUCAGUAGCCUGCGAACAGGCUCUCAAGGUGGAGGAGGGCGGAAAAAAAAGUGGUCAAGCGACGACAGCUGAGUGUGGCGUUGGGGAAAAAAGGCGUGGGAACCUGUAGACUUUCUUUUGGUGCCACCCAUCCACCCACUUCCAAUUAUUCUGUAACACACAUGUCAAUAACACAUGUCAUUAACAAGGCUGCUGCCUAACGGGCGCCCGGUCGCCAGAGGCGCCCAAGGUAAGAGCAUGGGCGACCAAAUUUCGGUACAAGGAGCCCGCGCGGGCGCCUGACUUAACACACGGCAUUAGACUUAACCUCCUUGUACAUUAUAUUCCUUUAGCUGGAGUAGGACUUUAAACAGUGGAACUGUUGAUAUGGUUAGCGAUGAUGCGAUUAGGCAGUAUAAAAUUUCCACAAAUAAACCGUAAAUUAUGUAAACCUAACGUGUUCAACUGUGAAGCUUUGUCGAAACGAACGAAGCCAUCGUUUCCGAGUCCGGAUGGCAGUUGAAGACUGGGUCUGAGAUUUGACUUCCAAAUAUGGAAUAGCAAAAUUAUGGGCUGUUUGUUGCCUAUGUUGACAUUCGUGCAGUUCAUCGUUUGCUUGGGUUUUCGUCGAUUUGAUAACUUUUUUGUGGCGAGAAUGGGAAGCUAUCUUGCGUGCUAUCGACUGGACGUGCUUGAUGUUCGAUUUCAUGUACCAGUUUGCAACGUAUCAGCAUUUUCAAGAGACUUUAAACUAAAACUAAACUAAAACUAUUCAGCGUUCAAGUCUUGCAACUAGGACACUGGACAACAACUUGCGUAUCUCAGUUAAGUACCACAGCCUGAACAAAUCAGAGAGAGUCAAGGCCUUCGCUCAAUCUGGGCACCUUGCCAAUGCAGUCAAGCAUUGGCGAGAAAACAGUGUCAGAGCCCGACGAGAGAACUGGGUGGACAAACAUCCAGAGGCUAGAACCUGGAGUUCUCUUAAGGGGACAAAACCAAAAGACUGAUGAACAUUGCUCAAUGCUGUGAUUUAAUUGUAAACUACACUGUGAAUUCAAAGGAUCUGUUUUGGACCCAAAAUUGGGAGUUUUUCCUUGAGUAAAAUACAGUACUAUUUGAGGGGCUAAUUAAGCUCUUCUAAAAUGGAGCUGUUUUGGACAACUCCGAGCUGUUUUGGAGAACUUAUAAGACUUAAAAAAAUGAUCUUUUGAAUUUACAAUGUAGUUACAUUGACAUAAAAUUCUUUUAUAGCACAGAAUCAGAUAGGAAAAUGUUAUUCAAUUUAAAUGAUUCCUCAAAUGUUUAGCACUUCAUUUAAUGAGAUCCAUCCAGGCUAAGGUUUACAUAAGGCACUUGAUGUUCUGUUCUGUUUUUCCUGUUCAUGUAUAAAAAAGGCAAGGAGAGGAUUGGUCUACUUUAGAAAGUUUUUGGAAGACUAGUUAAGUUGUCAUGUGGAACACAACUGUUACUGAACAAAUGUGAAAGUCAAGUAAAUAAUUCUGAGUUGAAAUUACCUACUGUUAUGUUAUUCUUUUAUUGUGAAAAUUGUGAAAAUUCCUUUUACACGCAAAUUAAGCCCCUCAAAUAUUUUUCCGGCUCAUGAAUGUGUAUAAGAAAGGUAAGAAGCAGUUUAAUUGUUACAUUUUAGAAAAUUCUUUGAAGGCUCUUCUAGGUCACAUUGAACACAACAGAUGUGGAAGUUAAUUGAAUAAAUUAAUAAAUGAAAGUAAAUAAUUCGGUUAAUUCUUGUUUACGUGUUAUUUAUUAGGCCCGGCGAAUUCUUAUUAAAGUGUGCAAGAACCUCUAUAACCUAUGUAAUGAUCUUGGAAAAACAAUACAUGGAUUUCAAACUGGGCUCCUAACAAUGUGGCUCGGGCUCCUAACUUUAAACUUUAGGAGCCCGAAGGGCUCCCUAAAAUUUUUCUUAGGCAGCAGCCUUGCAUUAAGGUAAUUUGACGUGAGAGAUUAUAAUGUUGUUGGGCUUGAAUGCAUCAGCCUCAAUAACAUUUGCACACUUGUGUAAGCAGGGCUGUGGCUAAAAUUUCAAUUUGCUGGGUGUCUGCAAUUAGUAGGAGGUGAAUUGUACAGCAAGGAAGUUCUUUUGGUUCUAUUUUUCUUUUGUUUCCCAUAAGAGUAGCCAGGGCUCACAUUCAUAGUAUCCAGGGAAAAUCCCUCGCCCCAGGCUCUUAGUGACAGCCCUGUGUAAGUAUUUUUCAUGGGUAUUUAUCACUCACUUGUCAACAGUCAGCGAUCUGAACAAUUAGAUCAUGAUACUGGAAUCCGGUAUCAUGGAUGGUUCGCAUCUAAGAAAGUCUACAGGCUCUCCAGCCUUUUUGUCUCCCUCAGGCCAUGCACAGCCCACUUUUCUUGCCAAUUUUUGUUUUUCUCCUGCUCCACAUGGGGAUCCUGUUUGGCAAACUUGUCAUGGUUAGGCUCAACUUACACUGCAUAACAAACAGUACGAUAAGAAAGUGCUGCUUAUAACAAGGGUUCAUUAUUUUGAUUUUUUGUGCAGGAUUUCACAGACCCACUUACUAGGAUUGCAAUUUGAUUAUUCCUCUCCUAUAGCAUAACUGAAGAUUAAGUUUUUGUCAAUAACUUCAGUUGUAACUAUUGCUUCCUUCUGUUUCAGCAAAUUGCUUUCAAGAAUCUUGUCCAAAGGAACAAGCAAGUUGAAAAGGAGCAGGGAUCUCCUGCUCCAAACACAGCUAUUCAUCUACCAUUUAUCAUCGUAAACACAAGCAAGAAAACUGUCAUUGACUGUAGUAUAUCUAAUGACAAGUAAGUCCUGUUUUGCUUCCUCAAAUUAACACAAAACCACUGGAUAUCCAGUUCUUGUUGAAUAUGAUGAUUGUGAUUAUCAUUUUCAUGAUGAUGAUGAUGAUGAUGGUGGUGGUGGUGGUGGUGGUGGUGGUGGUGAUGAUGAUGAUGAUGAUGAUGAUGAUGAUGAUGGUGGUGGUGGUGAUGAUGAUGAUGAUGAUGAUGAUGAUGAUGAUGGUGGUGGUGGUGGUGGUGGUGAUGAUGGUGGUGGUGGUGGUGGUGGUGAUGAUGAUGAUGAUGAUGAUGAUGAUGAUGAUGAUGAUGAUGGUGGUGUUGUUGGUGAUGAUGAUGAUGAUGAUGAUGAUGGUGGUGGUGGUGGUGGUGAUGAUGAUGAUGAUGAUGAUGAUGAGAAGGAGGAGGAGCAAGAGGAGGAUAGUGGUGUUGAAGGAUGCUAGUAAAAUAAUGAUUUUGUUGAUGAUCUGACUGAAGAUGUGAUGUACUUUUGAUCACUGAUAACAAAUUUUACUUUUCUCCCUUUAUAGUAUGAUAAUACAGUGGAACCCCGCCUAAUAUAUUAUGGCCAUAUUCUUUCAAACCAAACGUUUGAACCACCUCAUUAUUACGACCAGGAAAAAUGGUCGUGUUAAACUGUAUAAUGAUGAGCUUUGAACAAGGAAAAAUGAAAAUAUUAUUCAAGGAUAAUAGUAUUUAUUUAAAUUCAUGAUAUUGUUACCGAUAGGUGCAGGAUAGCCAAUGUCACUGUGAAUACACUCACCUCAUAACUGAUUUUUGUGUUUUUUGCAGAUCUGAAUAUCUUUUCAAUUUUGACAACACCUUUGAAAUCCAUGAUGACAUUGAAGUAUUGAAAAGAAUGGGUAUGGCAUUUGGUCUGGAGAAAGGACAGUGCACAGAAUCCGAUCUCAAAUCUUCAAGAACGAUGGUUCCUAAAGCACUUGAACCUUAUGUCAUAGGUAUGCAUUGAAGUUACCUGUUUGAUGUGUUUAAUCAAACUGAGCUGCCUUAAUCAAUAUUUUUAAUCCAGGGGCAUCCAAUUUAUAUUAGCAGAGCUAGUUUAAAAUGGAGCCCUUAAAGGGGAUGGCUGGCAGUUACCACCUCAAGUUUUUUGUGCCUAUUCUCCAGGCCGGGGUUGCUCGAAGCAUGGUUAGUGCUAGCCAGCAUUAAAUACCAUGGAAACCUAUACAUUUUGAUACCUCUUAACCAACGGUUAGGGCUAACCAGGCUUCGAGCAAGCGGCCCCAGGUUGCUAUUAUGCACACAGCAUGUAUGUAGCCAGAACACAAUCUGAUCUGACAUGUGUUUGGACUUUUUGUCGCUUGUAAUGCGAUCAUGCCUGGUUUGAAACUUGCGCAAAGCACAGCAUAAUUAAUGGGGCAAAAGCAUUUUGACUUCCAAUCAUUGUCGCCUGCAACCCCUAACCUUCAGUUUUUACUAGUAUGUAGUGUAUAUAUUAUUGAGAUAAAAAUAAAAGGCUCUUUGGUCAAACUUUUUUCGUUUUUCCUAGACAUGGCAAAGUCAGGUCCAGUUGGACUCACUGGUGUACUUGGCAAUCAUACAACUCCUAAGUAAGUUAAGUUACUACGGUCAAACUUUGAUAUAAUGAACCUCCUUUUAACAAAGUCCUUGGUAAAACAAACAAAUAAUAUCCAUUGCCCCAGUUACAGUACAGGAAUAAUGUAGAAAGAACCUCAAUAUAACAAAUGUUUGUUAUAACAAACAUAAUUCUUUUGGCAGUCCCUUGGCCCUUCCUUAUACUAAGUUUUCAUGAUGUCCAGUUUUUGUAGUAACUGCAAAUAAUUCAGAUCAAUUUCUGUUAUCUUGUAAAAAUCAAAAUCCUGGUUUAAACUGAUUUUCUUCACAGUAAAUCAGCAACUUCAGCUUCACCUCUCGUCUCUGCUACUGCCCGCAUGUCCCCUCUUCCUCCUACAAACACUCCUUCAUCACCACUUGCCAUGCCGCUGGCUCAAGGGAGGGGCACGUCGCCUGUCACCGUGGUAAACAACUCAAGGACACAGAAUCGAACAUCAAGGACAUCAUCUAUGGCAAGUGACAGUGGUCCCUCACACCGAACAACAUCUCCUUACUCCUUCCCAUCCUCUCCAGCUUCUGAUGUCUCUUAUGAUAUGUCACAGGAUGGAUUUAUGGAUACGGAUGAACCCAAUUCACACCACUGA